ACGGUGUCCGGCGACCGGCCAUAUAUGUUUUCCUAGCUUCCUUUGGUCCGUACACCACCGCUUUCCGAUCAUCGCCUCUACUCUUCCUGCUGCUCCCGUUCCCCUGCGAUGGGCGGCUCGUCGGCGGGAGUGCUGGUGCCGUCGGUGUCGAAGGCGGACGAGAUGGGGGCUUCGGUCACGCCGCUGGCGGUUUCGUCAUCGGAGACCACGGACGUGGCCGGGGCUCCGGCCGCCGAGGGGGAGACGGUACCGGACGGAUCUCGGGACGGCGCGGCGGUGGAGGCGGAUGCCGAGCGCGACAGGGACCUGCUCUGCCCCAUCUGCAUGGGGGUUAUCAAGGAUGCCUUCUUGACGGCCUGCGGCCACUGCUUCUGCUACAUGUGCAUCGUCACCCACCUCAAUAAUAAGAGCGAUUGCCCCUGCUGCGGAAAUUACCUCACCAAGAGUCACCUCUACCCCAAUUUCCUCCUCAAUAAGCUCUUGAAAAAGCAAUGUGUCCGUCAAAUUGCAAAAUCAGCAUCACCUAUUGAGCAUCUUCGUGUGGCAUUGAAACAGGGAUGUGAAAUGUCAGUUAAGGAGCUUGAUGGUCUGUUGUCUCUUCUCAGUGAGAAAAAGCGGAGAAUGGAGCAACAAGAGGCUGAGAUGAAUAUGCAAAUUUUGCUUGACUUUUUACACAGUCUUAGGAAAAAAAAGCUGGAAGAGCUGAAUGAGGUUCAAACUGACAUGCAAUUCAUCAAAGAUGAUAUAAAUGCAGUAGAGAAACACAGAACAGAACUGUACAGGGUGAGAGAGAGGUACUCUGUCAAAUUGCGCAUGCUUUUCGAUGAUCCAAUUCCAACAAAAUUGUGGGCUCCCACUGCUGACCAGCAUAACAGCAUACUUAUCUCGAAUUCUCGAAAUUCUCGAAGCUCUCUUGUCAGGACAGGCUCUGAUAAUUUACAGAUUAGGAGUAAUGAUGUGACAGCUCAACUAAACCAUCAAGAGCACCAAAGAAAAGAUGCUUUUAGUGGUUCUGAAACAAGUUCCCUUAUUCAAUCAGGAAGAGUCAUAGCAAGAAAGAGAAAAAUUCAAGCACAGUUUAAAGAGCUUCAAGAAUGUUACUUACAAAAGCGGCGUCUUGGAGCUAGUCAAUCACAUCAUCCAAAAGAAAAAGUAGAUGCCAAAGUCAGAGAAGGCUAUCAUGUGGGUCUUGAGGACUUUCAGUCUAUACUAACUACAUUUACUAAAUACAGUCGGUUGCGUGUUAUUGCGGAACUUAGACAUGGAGAUCUAUUUCAUUCAGCAAAUAUUGUGUCAAGCAUCGAAUUUGAUUGUGAUGAUGAGUAUUUUGCCACUGCUGGUGUUUCCAAGCGAAUUAAAGUAUUUGAAUUUUCCACUGUUUUGAAUCAGCCAUCAGAGGUAAAUUGCCCUGUUGUAGAAUUGGCCACUCGGUCCAAACUUAGUUGCUUGAGUUGGAACAAGUAUUCAAAAAACGUUAUUGCAAGUAGUGAUUACGAAGGGAUAGUAACUGUUUGGGAUGUAACCACUCGCCAGAGCAUAAUGGAAUAUGAAGAACAUGAAAAAAGAGCAUGGAGUGUUGAUUUUUCACGGACAGAACCAUCGAUGUUAGUUUCUGGUAGUGAUGAUUGCAAGGUCAAGGUGUGGUCCACAAAGCAAGAAGCCAGUGUUAUCAAUAUUGACAUGAAAGCAAAUAUAUGUUGUGUCAAAUAUAAUCCUGGAUCUAGCGUUCAUGUUGCAGUUGGUUCUGCUGAUCAUAAAAUUCACUAUUUUGAUUUGAGAAACACUAGUUCUCCACUCUGUGUCUUCAAGGGGCAUUGGAAAGCAGUAUCAUAUGUGAAGUUCUUGUCCACAAAUGAGCUUGCAUCUGCAUCAACAGACAGUACAUUGCGAUUAUGGGAUGUAAAUGGCACAUGUCCAGUGCGCACUUUUGUAGGACACACAAAUGAGAAAAAUUUUGUGGGCUUGACAGUGAACAACGAGUACAUUGCUUGUGGCAGUGAGACAAACGAGGUUUGUGUGUACCAUAAGGCUAUCUUGACGCCAGCCGCACGACACAAAUUUGGAUCAUGGGAUCUUGAUGAUGCGGAAGAUGAUGCUGGUUUGUAUUUUAUUAGUGCUGUUUGUUGGAAGAGUGACAGUCCUACAAUGUUGGCAGCCAAUAGCCAGGGGACCAUCAAAGUUCUUGUAUUAGCAGCUUAGCCACAGAUGAUAAAAGAUGCCGAAAGUUUCAACAAUGCCUUUGGCAGAUAUCUGUGUAUUCACUCCUAGGUUAGGUUCUCUCUUCCCAGUUUUCUCCAGUGAUCCUACUUGGUCUUCAAAAUGGUUUUACGACCGUUGGUACAUGCCUCGGCUUAAGUUUUCUUUAUACAUUAUUUGCAGAUUUGUACAUAAGUAUAAUAGGUGGAAAUGCAGUAAUCACAGUUGAUUA